GGAAUCAGAUUUCAUUACAGAAACAGAUGAGUCCAGUUCUCUUACGUGGAAAUAAACAACUGGAAAACAUGUUCAAAAAAAAAAAUCUUGCCAACUAUGCAGCUUUCGAAAGCAAAUUUUCCAUAAGCUUCACUUUCACACAUUGGCUGUGUGAAAUCUAAUUUAUUCUUUUUAUACUGCUUAUAAAUUAUUAUAGUUGUAUAUAUAUAUAUAUAGACAUCAAACAACAAAGCAGUGUCGUGGCAGAUUUUCAGAGAGUUGGCAUACGGCUAUGGCCACCCUUUGCAGGGUUCUUCUCCUCCUCAUUUUUUCAGAUUCAUUUGUUAGCAUCAGAGGUCUCGGAGUGGGAAUAAACUAUGGCCAGAUUGCGAACAAUCUCCCUGCCCCAUCACGCGUGGCCUUCCUCCUGAGCUCUCUCAACAUAAGCAGAGUGAAGCUGUAUGACGCGGAUCCAACUGUGCUGUCAGCAUUCGCCAACACAGAAGUAGAGUUUGUGAUCGGGCUAGGCAACGAGUACCUACAAAAGAUGUCUGAUCAAGCCCAGGCUCAGGCCUGGGUCGAGCAGCACGUGAAGCCAUACACAUCCCAGACGAAGAUCAAGUGCAUCACAGUUGGUAACGAGGUCCUCACGGGCAACAAUACACAGCUCAUGUCGUACCUCCUCCCAGCUAUGCAGUCAGUGAAUGCUGCUGUCACCAAUCUUGGACUAAACAAGGAGAUAUACGUGACAACGGCCCACUCAUUCGGGAUCUUGAGCAGCUCGUUCCCGCCCUCUGCAGGUGCAUUCAGACAAGAUCUUGCAGACUACAUCCAAAGCAUUCUCAAUUUCCACACACAGACUCACUCACCCUUCCUCAUAAAUGCUUACCCGUUCUUUGCUUAUAAGGACAGCCCCGACGAGAUCUCACUUAGCUACGCGCUUUUCCAGCCUAGCCCGGGAAUGAUAGACACCAACACCAACUUGCACUAUGACAACAUGUUGUUUGCACAGAUUGAUGCUGUUUAUGCAGCUAUCAAAGCAAUGGGGCAUAAUGACAUACAGGUUAAAGUCUCUGAGACGGGAUGGCCGUCUAAAGGGGAUGCAGACGAGGUAGGGGCUACCCCAGAGAAUGCUAGACUGUAUAAUGGUAACUUGCUCAAACUGAUACAGCAGAAUCAAGGCACCCCGGCUAAGCCAUCAGUGCCAGUCGACAUAUAUGUGUUCGCGCUGUUUAAUGAGGAUUUGAAGCCCGGGCCUGUCUCUGAACGAAACUACGGGUUGUUUUACCCGGAUGGCACUCCUGUGUACAAUGUUGGACUCCAAGGCUACCUUCCUCGUAUGGAAUAUUCAUCUUCCAAGAGAAAUGGGAUGCAUUUCUUGUACUUAUUGCUCGUUUCCAUUGCAUUAUUUCAGCGUUUUCUAUAGCAAGAAGGGACCUAUUACAAGUUUGAAGAUGAUGGAGGGAACAAUGAGGCUUUCAAAAAAAUCCUUUGGGUUGGAUUAAAUUCUGAGGUAAUGAAGAUUGUGUUCUUGUAUUACCUUCAAGUAAUACAAGUCUGUGGAAAUGUAGAUGAAUAUAAUGCAGAUGAUAAGAAUAUGAUGAACCACAAUGAAAUUUGUUGAUGACCUAAGUGAUUUGAUAAGAUAAGAUUGGUUGGCAUUAUUGUUUAGUAGAUAGGGGGUCUCUGUCAAUUGUCAUCCUGAAUUUAAUAAUGCAUAAUAGUGUGAUAGGUUCCUCUCUUUCACUAGAAAAGUCCAUAUGAUGUUGCAUCUUGAAAGAGGCCUCAAUCACAUUUGUUCCUGUUUUGUUUCUACUCUCUAGUAGUGAUCCCACCUAGGGUUCACAUUUUGUGUGUUUUA